AUUGUGCUAUCUUUGAAAUGUAGUUUCCUGUGUUCUCUUCAUCUUAAUUGAUGCUGUUGGACCCAUAUCAAGCUGAUCUUGGCACCUCUCAUGCUCUGUUCUCUUCAACUCGACCUGUAUAUUCCAUUUUGGAAGAAGACUAACAAUGAUAUUUCCAAUGUGGACAUUGAAGAGACAAUUUCUCAUCCUUUUUAACAUAACCCUAAUUUCCAAACUCCUUGGGGCUAGAUGGUUUCCUAAAACUCUGCCCUGUGAUGUCACUCUGGAUGUUCCAAAGACCCAUGUUAUCGUGGACUGCACAGAUAAGCAUUUGACAGAAAUUCCUGAAGGUAUUCCCACCAACGCCACGAACCUCACCCUCACCAUUAACCACAUACCAGACAUUUCCCCAGCGUCCUUUCACAAACUGGACCAUCUGGUAGAGAUCGAUUUCAGAUGCAACUGUGUACCUAUUCGAUUGGGGUCAAAAAACAACAUAUGCACCAAGAGACUUCAGGUUAAACCCAGAAGCUUUAGUGGACUGGCUUAUUUAAAAUCCCUUUACCUGGAUGGAAACCAGCUUCUAGAAAUACCUCAGGGUCUUCCACCCAGCUUACAGCUUCUCAGCCUUGAGGCCAACAACAUUUUUUUCAUCAAAAAAGAGAAUCUAACAGAACUGGCCAACUUAGAAAUACUCUACCUAGGCCAAAACUGCUAUUAUCGAAAUCCUUGUAACGUUUCAUAUUUAAUCGAAAAAGAUGCCUUCCUCGACCUGCCAAAGUUAAAAGUGCUCUCCCUGAAAGAUAACAAUGUCACAACUGUCCCCACUGUUUUGCCGUCCACUUUAACAGAACUGUAUCUCUAUAAUAACAUCAUCGCACACAUCCAAGAAGAUGAUUUUAAGAACCUCCGCCAAUUGCAAAUUCUUGACCUAAGUGGCAAUUGUCCUCGCUGUUAUAAUGCUCCCUAUCCUUGUACACCCUGUGAAAAGAAUUAUCCCCUAAAGAUCGAUUUACGUGCUUUUGAUGCAUUGACAGAAUUAAAAGUGUUACGUCUACACAGUAACUCUCUUCAGUCUGUGUCUCCAAGGUGGUUCCAGAACCUUACGAACCUUGAGGAACUAGAUCUUUCCCAAAACUUCUUGGCCAAAGAAAUUGGGGAUGCCAAAUUCUUGCAUUUUCUUCCCAAUCUUGUCCAGUUGGACCUGUCUUUCAAUUUUGAUCUUCAGGUCUAUCGUGCAUUUAUGAAUCUAUCACAUACAUUUUCUUUACUGCAAAACCUGAGAAUUUUACGGCUCAAAGGAUACGUCUUUAAAGAACUGAGCAGCGUUAACCUCGCCCCAUUACACAAUCUUCAAAAUCUUGAAGUUCUUGAUCUUGGCACUAAUUUCAUAAAAAUCGCUGACCUCAGCAUGUUUAAAAAAUUUGAUAAAUUGAAAGUCAUCGAUCUUUCAGUGAAUAAGAUAUCACCUUCAGGAGAUUCCAGUGAAGUUGGUUUCUGCUCUAACACCAGAACUUCUGUAGACAGUCAUGGACCCCAGGUCCUAGAACAGUCACAUUAUUUCAGAUAUGACGAGUAUGCAAGAAGUUGCAGGUUCAAAAACAAAGAACCUUCUUCCUUCCUACCUUCUAAUGAAAAUUGCCACCAGUAUGGACAGACCUUGGACCUAAGUAGAAAUAAUAUAUUUUUUAUCAAGUCUUCUGAUUUUCAGCACCUUUCUUUCCUCAAGUGCCUAAAUCUGUCAGGAAAUGCCAUUGGUCAAACUCUUAAUGGCAGUGAAUUUCUGCCUUUAGCAAAGCUGAAAUAUUUGGAUUUCUCUAACAACCGGCUUGACUUGCUCUACUCAACAGCAUUUGAGGAGCUUCAUGAACUGGAAGUCCUGGAUUUAAGUAGUAAUAGCCAUUAUUUUCAAUCAGAAGGAAUUACUCACAUGCUCAACUUUACCAAGAACCUCAAGGUCCUGCAGAAACUGAUGAUGAACUACAAUGACAUCUCUACCUCCACCAGCAGGACCAUGGAGAGUGAAUCUCUUCGAACUCUGGAAUUCAGAGGAAAUCACUUGGAUGUUUUAUGGCGAGACGGAGAUACCAGAUAUUUACAAUUCUUUAUGAAUCUGCAAAAAUUAGAGGAAUUAGACAUCUCUGAAAAUUCCCUGAGUUUCUUGCCUCCUGGAGUUUUUGACGGCAUGCCUCCAAAUCUAAAGAAUCUCUCCCUGGCCAAAAAUGGGCUCAAAUCUUUCAAUUGGGGAAAACUCCACUUUCUGAAGACUCUGACAACUUUGGACCUCAGUCACAACCAGUUGACAACUGUCCCUGAGAGAUUAGCCAACUGUUCCCGAAGCCUCGAGCAACUGAUUCUUAAGAAUAAUCAAAUCAGGCGUCUGACAAAGUAUUUUCUACAAGAUGCUUUCCAGUUGCGAUAUCUGGACCUCAGUUCAAAUAAAAUCCAGAUUAUCCAAAAGACUAGUUUCCCAGAAAAUGUCCUCAACAAUCUGAAGAUGCUGCUUUUGCACCGUAAUCGGUUUCUGUGCACCUGUGAUGCUGUGUGGUUUGUCUGGUGGGUUAACCAUACAGAGGUGACUAUACCUUACCUGGCCACAGAGGUGACUUGUGUGGGGCCAGGAGCACACAAGGGCCAGAGUGUGGUCUCUCUGGAUCUGUAUACCUGUGAGUUAGAUUUGACUAAUCUGAUUCUGUUCUCACUUUCCAUAUCUGGGGCUCUCUUUCUCAUAGUGGUUACGACAGCAAGUCACCUCUAUUUCUGGGACGUGUGGUAUAGUUACCAUUUCUGUAAGGCCAAGAUAAAGGGGUAUCAGCGUCUAGUAUCACCAGACUCUUGCUAUGAUGCUUUUAUUGUGUAUGACACUAAAGACCCAGCCGUGACAGAGUGGGUUUUGGAAGAGCUGGUGGCCAAACUGGAAGACCCAAGAGAGAAACAUUUCAAUUUAUGUCUUGAGGAAAGGGACUGGUUGCCAGGGCAUCCGGUUUUGGAAAAUCUUUCCCAGAGCAUACAGCUUAGCAAAAAGACAGUGUUUGUGAUGACAGACAGAUAUGCAAAGACUGAGAAAUUUAAGAUAGCAUUUUACUUGUCCCAUCAGAGGCUCAUGGAUGAAAAAGUAGACGUGAUUAUCUUGAUAUUCCUUGAGAAGCCCCUUCAGAAGUCCAAGUUCCUCCAGCUCCGGAAAAGGCUCUGUGGGGGUUCUGUCCUUGAGUGGCCAACAAACCCACAGGCUCACCCGUACUUCUGGCAGUGUCUGAAAAAUGCCCUGGCCAUGGACAAUCAUGUUGCCUAUAGCCAAGUGUUCAAGGAAACGGUCUAAUGCUCCUUUGCAAAAUGUGACUGCCUAGCUUACCAAGGAGAUGCCUGGCUGCCUAGAUUUUCUCAUAAAUAUUUCACCAAAAGAAUGUUUUGAAAUUCUCCAAGAAAUGGGAUUGCUCAUAUUAGAGGGAACGCAUCAAUGUCUGACUAAGGAGUUGGAAAGAUGGGAUUUAUAUAAUGCACUGAGU